AUGGCUUCUACUUCUUCUAUAGCGCUCUCACAAGCUCUCCUCACCCGAGCCGUCAUCUCUCAAAAUGGCUCUGACAGGUGCGUCUCUGUGCCAGCUUUCUCUGGUCUCAGAUCCGCUUCCCCACGCGCCACCUCUUCUUCUCGUCGACAACGCAUCGCCUCCGCAAGCAGUCACUCCCUCCGCCCUCUCGUUCGCGCCUCCGUCGCGAAGACUGCCGAGACAACCACCGAUUCGUCCCUGGUUGAUAAAUCGGUGAAUACGAUCAGGUUUCUGGCGAUCGAUGCGGUUGAGAAGGCGAAAUCGGGUCAUCCUGGUCUUCCGAUGGGCUGCGCUCCGAUGUCUCACGUUUUGUUCGAUGAGGUCAUGAGGUUUAACCCGAAGAACCCUUACUGGUUUAACCGUGAUCGCUUCGUUCUCUCAGCUGGUCAUGGUUGCAUGUUGCACUACGCUCUGCUUCACCUCGCUGGCUACGAUAGCGUCAGGGAGGAGGAUUUGAAGGGAUUCCGUCAAUGGGGAAGCAAGACACCAGGACACCCUGAGAAUUUCGAGACUCCUGGAAUUGAAGUCACUACUGGUCCUCUUGGACAAGGUAUUGCAAAUGCAGUUGGUUUAGCGCUUGCUGAGAAGCAUCUAGCUGCAAGAUUCAAUAAACAUGACAAUGAGAUCGUUGACCACUACACAUAUUCGAUUCUUGGAGAUGGUUGUCAGAUGGAAGGGAUUUCAAAUGAAGUUUGCUCUCUAGCUGGCCACUGGGGACUUGGAAAGCUCAUUGCUUUCUACGAUGACAAUCACAUUUCCAUUGACGGAGACACAGAGAUCGCUUUCACUGAGGACGUGGACAAGCGCUUUGAAGCUCUCGGAUGGCAUGUUAUUUGGGUAAAGAAUGGGAACAAUGGGUAUGAUGAAAUACGUGCUGCCAUUAAGGAAGCCAAGGCCGUAACAGACAAGCCCACUUUGAUAAAGGUCACUACUACAAUUGGUUAUGGAUCUCCCAACAAGGCAAACUCAUACAGUGUCCAUGGAGCUGCCCUUGGUGAGAAAGAAGUUGAGGCUACCAGAACGAACCUUGGAUGGCCAUAUGGGCCGUUCCAGGUACCUGAGGAUGUCAAAAGUCACUGGAGCCGUCACACGCCUGAAGGCGCUGCUCUUGAAUCCGACUGGAAUGCCAAGUUUGCAGCUUAUGAAAAGAAGUACCCAGAGGAAGCUGCAGAGUUGAAAUCUAUCAUCUCAGGUGAAUUGCCAUCUGGUUGGGAGAAGGCACUUCCUACAUAUACACCAGAGUCUCCAGGUGAUGCUACAAGAAACCUGUCUCAGCAAUGUCUUAACGCCCUAGCGAAAGUUGUGCCCGGUUUCCUUGGCGGCAGCGCUGAUCUUGCGUCGUCCAACAUGACACUGCUCAAAGCAAUGGGCAACUUCCAAAAGGACACACCUGAAGAAAGAAACCUCAGGUUUGGUGUUAGGGAACACGGUAUGGGAGCGAUCUGCAACGGCAUUGCCCUUCACAGCCCCGGUUUCAUCCCUUAUUGCGCAACUUUCUUUGUGUUCACUGACUACAUGAGAGCCGCAAUGAGAAUCGCAGCUCUCUCCGAAGCUGGUGUGAUCUACGUCAUGACUCAUGACUCCAUUGGUCUUGGAGAAGAUGGACCAACUCACCAACCUAUCGAGCACAUAGCCAGCUUCCGUGCCAUGCCGAACAUUCUCAUGUUCCGUCCUGCUGAUGGGAAUGAAACAGCCGGUGCAUACAAAAUCGCUGUCACUAAACGUAAGAGACCCUCUGUGUUGGCCUUGUCUAGACAAAAGCUUCCUCAACUUCCAGGAACAUCCAUUGAAAGCGUGGAGAAAGGUGGAUACACCAUCUCUGAUAACUCAACCGGUAACAAACCGGAUGUGAUCUUGAUCGGAACUGGAUCGGAGCUAGAGAUCGCUGCUCAAGCUGGAGAGGAGUUGAGGAAAGAAGGCAAGACUGUGAGAGUCGUUUCGUUUGUGUGUUGGGAACUGUUUGAUGAGCAAUCAGAUGCGUACAAGGAGAGUGUGUUGCCAUCUGAUGUAUCAGCUAGAGUGAGUAUCGAAGCUGGAUCCACGUUUGGAUGGGGGAAGAUUGUUGGAGGGAAAGGGAAAUCGAUUGGGAUUGAUUCGUUUGGGGCAAGUGCACCAGCAGAGAAGCUUUACAAAGAGUUUGGUCUCACCGUUGAAGCUGUGGUUGCAGCAGCUAAGUCACUUAUCUGA